CCUGGAGGUGCGCGCCGCCUCCGAGCGCGACCGCGGCGCCUACGUCUGCCACGCCCACCCCGGGGCGCCGCCCAGACACGACCCCCGUGUGCCAGAGACCCGGAUGUUCAGCUUCAUUCCCGCCACUAGGCCGCUGGGUGCCAUGGCAGGGCAACGGACUGAGGAGACCCUGAUGUGGGGCUUCAUUCCCGCCGGUAGGCCGCGGCGUUCGGUUGCCGGGCAACCAAGUGAAGAUACCAGGACAUUGGGCUCCACCGCAGCGUCUAGGCCUCUGUGUUCGGUUGCCAGGCAACAGACCGAGAAGACCCGGAUGUGGGGCUUCAUUCCUGCCUUUAGGCCGCUGGGUUCGGUUGCCGGGAAAGCGCGUGAGACCCGGAUGUCCGGCUCCAGCAAGACUCCUGGGCCCCAGCCGGAAGAUGACCGGAUGUGGGGCUCCAAACCUGCAUGUGCUGUACAGAAGCUGCAGUCCGACCAGAGGCCACGGAGAGGCUAGGACCCGGAUGUGGACUGGGAGGGACCCGGAUGUGGACUGGGAAAGACCCAGAUGUCACCUAUCUCUGGGUCCACUGAGGGGCCAGGACCCAGAUGUGAACUGGGAGAAACCCGGAUGUCACCUAUCUCCGGGUCCACUGAGGGGCCAGGACCCGGAUGUGGACUAGAAGGGACCCGGAUGUCACUUUCUUCCAUGUCCACUGACCCGGAUGUGGCAUGGAGAAACCGGAUGUCACUUUCCUCCAGAUGCACUGAUGGGUCAGGAUCCGGAUGUGGACUAGGAGGGACCCGGAUGUCACCUUCCUUCAUGUCCACUGAGGGGCCAGUACACGGAUGUGGACUGGGAGGGACCCGGAUGUCUCCCUCAUUCGUGUCCACUGACCCAGAUGUGGCCUGGGGAACCCGGAUGUCACUUAUCUCCAGGUCCACUGAAGGGCCAGGACCCGGAUGUGGACUGGGGGACCCGGAUGUCACCCUCCUCCGUGUCCACUCUCCCGGAUGUGGCGUCAGGGACCCAGAUGUCACUUAUCUCCAGGUCCACUGAGGGGCCAGGACCCGGAUGUGGACUGGGGGACCCGGAUGUCACCUAUCUCCAGGUCCACUGAGGGGCCAGGACCCGGAUGUUGCAUGGGGAACCCGGAUGUUAUGUAAGUCCGCGUCCAUUAACCCGGAUGUGGACUGUGGCAGGGACCCAGAUAUGUGCUGGGCAGGACCCGGAUAUCACAUCCACAGGCCUGGCUGUGGCGUGUGGAGUCCCGGAUGUCAUGCUCCUCUCCUUCCACUGACAGGGUCUAGGACCCAGAUGUGGUGUGGGGAUCCCGGAGUCAGGUCCCUCCACAUCCACUGAGGGUCCAGGACCAAGAUGUGGAAUAGGAACUACCCAGAUGUUAGGGACCUCCAGGUCCAUGAACCUGGAUGUGGGGUGAGUACCCAGAUGUUAGGGACCUCCAGGUCCAUGAACCUGGAUGUGGGGUGAGUACCCAGAUGUUAGGGACCUCCAGGUCCGUGAACCCGUAUGUGGGGUCGGUACCCAGAUGUUAGGGAUCUCCAGGUACGGGAACCCAGAUGUGGAGGCGAGUACCAGGAUGUUACUUAACUCCAGGUCCACUGGCAGGCGCCAGGACCCGGAUGUGAGGGGUUUGGACCCGGAUGUGAGGGUUGGGACCCAGAUGUGAGGGGUUGAGACCCAGAUGUGAGAGGUGGAACCCAGAUGUGGGCGGAGCGGGCACUCCACACCUUGGCCCCGGGCUCCAGCUGCGCUUUGGCCGUUGGGGUCCUUUCCCAGACUCGGAGGCAAUAAAGCAGCCAUGCUGCUUCUGGAUGGAAUUCUUCCUCACUUCCGCCCCCCAGCGCAGGCCAAGCCCUCCUGAGUCCCUCACUUCCUCCCCAGCCCAGGCCACACCCUCCUGAGCUCUGGCACGCCCUACUGAGCACAGACCAUGCCCCCUGGGCACAGGCCACGCUCCCUGACGGUCCUGACUCUUAUUGCAGCCCUCCAUGUAGUUCUCGAGGUUUCCCUCCUCCCCUUCCUCCUGCCUCUGCCAGGCCUGGCAAUUUCUUGGCGCCCAGCCCAGCAACUCCAGGCUUUUCCCUUUCUUCCCUGCCUUCCCCUUCAGCACCACAUCCUGUUCCUUUCCAAGGAACAAGGGGACUUUUAUUUUGGAGGGGGGUUGUGGAGUUCUGGCUGCUGGAGUGACGUGGACAUUUGACCCCUGCGAGCUUCCUGGCUGGCAGGGAGAGCAGCAGGCCCAGGCGCUGAUGGCAGAGAACUGUGGAUGUCGCACAGCAGCUGCGCAGCCCCACCCCUCGCCUUCCUCCUCCUCCUCCUCCCCCCUGGCCCCUGCGCAGGCCCCGCCCCCUCGCGCCCCAACUUCCUGCUGCUCUUGGCCGACGACCUGGGCCUGGGCGACCUGGGCAGCUUCGGGAACCGCAGCCUGCGCACCCCGCACCUGGACGGCCUGGCCCGGGACGGCGUGCGGCUGACCCAGCACCUGGCGGCAGCGUCCGUCUGCAGCCCGAGCCAUGCGGCCUUCCUGACGGGACGCUACCCUGUGCGCCUGGGCAUGGUGACCACCAACGGGGCGCGCGUGCUGCAGUGGGCAGCCGUGUCGGGCGGGCUGCCCACCUCCGAGAUCACCUUCGCCAAGAUCCUGCAGGAGCAGGGAUAUGCCACCGGCCUCAUAGGCAAAUGGCACCUGGGCCUCAACUGUGAGUCCCCCACUGACCACUGCCACCACCCCCUGAACCACGGGUUUGACUCCUUCUUCGGGGUCCCCUUCACCCUGAUGGGGGACUGCCUGCAAGCGGAGCCCUCGGAGAAGCGAGCGCGUCUGCAAGGGCCCCUGGACCUGGGGGCUCAGCUGCUGCUGCUUUCCCUGCUCUGCCUGGCCGCUGGGAAGGUCACUGGCCUGCUGGGCCUGCGCUGGGUGCCCUGGGUGCUGGGCCCCGGAUGUGGGGCCUUGCUCCUGGCCUGCACCUCCCGCCUCCUGGGUAUCUUCAUCGUCCAUGCUGACUGCUUCCUGAUGAGGGAUCACCAGGUCGUCCAGCAGCCUCUGAGGUUUGAGGCCAGUGCGGGGCUCUUCUUGCGGGAGGCUGAGGCCUUCAUCCACAGGCACCAGGCCCGCCCCUUCCUCCUCCUCGUCUCCUUCCUCCACGUCCACGUCCCGCUGGUCACCUCACCUGCCUUCCGGGGCCGCAGCGCGCACGGCGCCUACGGCGACAACGUGGAGGAGCUUGACUGGAUGGUGGGGCGACUGCUGGCAGCGCUGGACGGUGCGGGGCUGGGGCGCCGCACCCUCGUCUACUUCACGUCGGACCACGGUGCCUCACUGGAGGCCCGGGCUGGGGGCGCCCGCCUCGGGGGUUCCAACGGCGUGCACCGAGGUGGCAAAGGCAUGGGCGGCUGGGAGGGCGGCAUCCGGGUCCCUGGGCUGGUGCGCUGGCCCGGGACCCUGCCCGCAGGGCGCCUGGUGCCUGAGCCCACCAGCCUCAUGGACCUGUUCCCCACCGUGGUGCGCCUGGCCGGGGGCUGGGUUCCGGCGGACAGGGAGGUGGACGGCCGGGACCUGAUGCCCGCGCUGCUGGGGACGGCGCAGGCCGCAGGCCACGACUUCCUGCUGCACUACUGCGAGGCCCGGCUGCACGCUGUGCGCUGGUUCGACCGCCCAAGCCGCACGGUGUGGAAGCUGCACUUCGCCACUCCACGCUUCGACCCGCCGGGCUCGGGCACCUGCCUUGGUUUCCCUGCCUGCGCCUGCUCGGGGCGGCGAAUGACCCGCCACCGGCGGCCACUGCUCUUUGACCUGACGGCGGACCCAGGGGAGACUCGCCCGCUGCAGGGCCCGAUGGCGACGCGCAGGCGCGUGGAGGCCGCGGUGGCCCGGAUGCUGCGCAUGCGCCGCCCCCUCGCGGCCCCGCCCCUCGCCCCUGCACACAACACCUGGAGCCCGCGCCUGCAGCCCUGCUGCUCGCCCGGACCGCUCUGUGCCUGCGACCACCUGAUCCCCGACCUCUGACCCCGACCCGACCACAACCACCAACUUCCCUGGGGCUAUGGCAGAUCCUGGCCUGCGCCUCUCACAUCCGGGGACUCACAUCCGGGUAUUAAACAUCUGGGUAUACUCAAAUACAGAAAUUCCCACAUCCGGGGAUUCCCACAUACAGACUCUCACAUCCAGGGAUUCCUACAUCCGGGGAUUCCUACAUCCGGGGAUUCUCACAUCCGGGGAUUCUCACUUCUGGUGACACAUCCGGGGAUUCCCGGGGAUGUAUUUACACAUCUGGGGAAUCCUACAUCCGGGGACUUUUACACCCGGGGAUUCUCACAACCAGAGACUCUCACAUCCGGGGACUUUUACAUCCGAGGAUUCUCACAUCCAGAGACUCUCACAUCCGGGGAUUCCUACAUACAGACUCUCACAUCCAGAGAUUCUCACAUCCGGGGAG